AAGAAACAAAGAGGCUACACUUCAGCUUUUAUAAACUCUAGAGAGAUUAUUUAGCGAACACGACACAACUCCUGCCUUUAUUCAUUAUAUCCUGGCUCUUGACUGUCAAUUCCUCUGUGAAAGCGAUCAGGAAUAGCGGACUUUUAACGUGUUCAUAUGUAAACAGGCCUGAUGGAGGACACACACCGUCAUGAGAAAAUGAGUGAAAAAACUGACACACUGAAGAGAAAAGACAAAAGAUGUGUCACCUGCCCUCAGUGUGGGAAGAGUCUGGCACACAAACACAGUCUCCAGCGUCACAUGAGGAUCCACACUGGAGAGAAACCAUUCACAUGUACUCGGUGUGGGAUGGGUUUCGGUCAAUCAUCAAACCUUAAUACUCACAUGAAGAUCCACACUAGAGAGAAACCAUUCAUAUGUUCUCAGUGUGGGAAGAGUUUCAGUCAAUCAGGAACCCUUAAUACUCACAUGAUGAUCCACACUGGAGAGAAACCAUUCAGAUGUGAUCAGUGCGGCAAAACAUUUUUGAGGACUUCAGACCUGAAGAGACACCUUACAGUUCAUACAAAGGAGAAGCUUUAUUCAUGCUCUGACUGUGGGAAGAGUUUCACACGUCAAGAAAGUUUGCGAAGCCAUCAGAAGAUGCACACCGGUGUGGGAGAGUAUAUGUGCUUUGAGUGUGAGAAGACCUUUAUUACGGCUGAAAUUUUGAAAAGACAUGAGAGAAUUCACACUGGAGAGAAACCUUACAUUUGUUCACUGUGCAAUAAGAGAUUCAGUCGGUUUGCACAAAUGAAAAUACAUGCGAGGGUUCACACUGGAGAGAAACCGUACAUUUGUUCACACUGCGACAAGAGAUUCAGUUCUUUAGGACAUCUGAAAAGACAUGAGAAGACUCACACUGGAGAGAAACCUUACACGUGUUCACACUGCGACAAGAGAUUCAGUGAUUCAGGAGAUCUGAGAAAACAUGUGCAGAUUCACACUGGAGAGAAACCUUACAAGUGUUCACAGUGCGACAAGAGAUUCAGACAGUUAAAAGGCCUGAAAACACAUGAGAGGACUCACACUGGAGAGAAACCUUACAUGUGUUCACACUGCGACAAGAGAUUCAGUGAUUUAGGAAAUCUGAGAAGACAUAAGAAGAUUCACUCUGGAGAGAAACCUUACAUGUGUUCACACUGCGACAAGAGAUUUAGUGCUUUAGGAAAUCUGAGAAGACAUGAGAAGAUUCACUCUGGAGAGAAACCUUAAAGGGGUGGUCCACAGUGUUUUUUUUAAAGGUUUGAUUGUGUUUAAGGGGUGCAAAACAAUGUGUGUUCGUGAUUCAUUUGUAAAGAAUCAUGUUAUUUGUUCACAUAUCUUACCUUCCACGCAGCAGAAAAGCGGCGAAUAGAUGAAAAUGGCAGAAGACUGUACAUUCGUGAGAUGGACGUACGUGCAUAUGGGGUUAUUUCACUGACAAAUGUCAUAAACGCAGAAUUACAAGUCACGAGCGCAUGUAAUACGAGCGAGCGAACGCGCCGGUUUCCUCUGUUUGUGGACAAAACUCCUCGCAUGCACUCUAAACACGGCUGCUCACGUGUGAAUGAUCUGCUCUCGGUCCAUCAGAUGAUGCAGACUCAACCUGUGCCUUGUGUUUCCUCCUCUUUUCGUGCUUUUGCUCUCCAGAGAUCCUCCUGUUCAAUUGUUAUCCUAAAAAUGUUGAUAUGGUUAUAUUAGUACACUUUACCUACAAGUUAAGAUCAAUUCUAUAAUAAACACGGGUGUUUUUGAGUGUUGGGUAUACUGCCUAUGUUUUAGGCUAGUACUAUUUACGUGUUAAUGAAUGCUUCAGCAUACUGUAGUGAGAAUAGUGAACUGAUAAAAUGAAAUACAGUGUAGUUUUACUACAGUAAAGUGUGGUGAAUUGUAGAAUAAUAUACCCUAUAGUGUAAAAAACUACAGCAUUGGGUCAUUUGUUUAUAUUACACUUGUGUUACCAACUAGCAACUAUAGUAUUACCACAACAGAAUAAUUGAAGUACUUUACUAUAGUACUGUUCAAAACACUGUACAUGCCAAAAGAGGUGUUCAGGGGCCCUUUGGAGCAGCUUCUCCUCAAAAUGAAGAGGAUGACAGGGAAAAUGUCUCAUCAACAAUGUGGAAGACAGCAGAGACUAGUUCACUUUAUUUUAGUUGACAUGAUAAUUGAGAUUUGAUAGUGAGAUUUAUUGUGAAUAGUACAGUAGGCUAUAAUACCCUAUCACGUGU